AUGCGAGCAGUUCUUGUCAAGCAACCCGGUGACGCCCAACAACUUUACAUUGGCGAAUACCCCACUCCUACUCCCAAUGACUCCCAAAUUUUGGUCAAGGUCAAAUGCUUUUGCUUGAACCGAAUGGAUAUUGUUCAACGUCAAGGCAAUUACCCACCUCCUCCUGGUGCAAGCCCUCUUUUGGGUGUAGAAGUCUCUGGCAUCGUUGAAUCGGUUGGCAAAAAUGUGACCAAGUUCAAGGUUGGUGAUGCUGUUUUCGGUUUGAUGGGCGGUGGCGGUUAUGCAGAGUACGCUGUGAUGGAAGAAGCCCUUGCAUUGCAUAAACCCGAUGCUAUCAGCUUUGAGCAAGCUGCUGCCAUUCCCGAAACUUGGUUCACUGCCUAUCAAGCUCUCUUCUUUGUGGCCGGCCUCGAAAAGGGUCAAGAUGUCUUGAUUCAUGCUGGUGCUUCAGGCGUCGGCAUUGCUGCUAUUCAAUUGGCAAAGAAUGCUGGAGCUAAGCGCAUCUUCAUCACAGCCGGUAGUGAUGAGAAGGUUGCUUUCUGUGAGAGCCUUGGUGCUACAAAGGGUAUCAACUACAAGAAGCAAGAAUGGGCAGAGGAGAUUGCCAAGGAAACAUCCAACCGAGGUGUAGACGUGAUCAUCGAUUUCGUUGGCAAGGACUACUUUGAAAAGAAUCUCGGCACAUUGGCUGUUGAUGGUCGUAUGGUCCUUUUGGCGUUCCUUUCCGGCCCUGUUAUCGAAAAGGUCAACAUUGCCCCUAUGCUGAAAAAGCGUCUUAGAGUUGAAGGCUCUGCACUUCGCAGUCGCUCGCUCGAAUAUCAAAGCCGUUUGCGUGAUGCUCUUGCUCAACAUGUGAUUGAUGAGCACUUUGCAAAGAGUUCCAACGACUACAAGUUGUUCAUCGAGAAAGAAUUUGACUGGAACGAUAUCAUUGACGCACAUCUUUUGAUGGAAAGCAACAAGACCAUGGGCAAGAUUGUCGUAAAGGUCACCUAA